AUGAAAAGUAAGAAGAGUUUAGAGCAGCGAUUUGGAGAUCUCGACAAGGCCACAGUCCCUUCGCUUCCGGUUAGCUCAUUCGUAAAGUUUUUCUCGACUAAUGAACUUGACAACGUAAACCUGGGGUCAGUGAUAACCAAUGAAACAGAUGUACGGUUGUCAUCAAUGGAAACUCUUACUGAAAAUCUCCAAGCUGGUCUGGAGGCAAAGCUUCUCAUAUGUUCAAAGAGAAAGAGUGAAGAAGAGCUUACAAGUAAAUGCCUGCGCGAAUUUGACGCUAGGGUGCUCAUAGAACCCGCUGAAGAUGUUGCAAGUUUAACAACUUUUAAAAAUGAAAAUGAUGAUUUCCACGUGAAGUUUGUUCCUAAAGUACCUGGCACUUACAACAUGACAGUCAAGAUAAAUGGCGACAAACUUGUUAGCAGUCCUUUCAGGGUCCACGUGAAGGAACGACGGAUUCAUGUUGUGGGCGAGUUAGUUCUAAAAAGAGGAAUUUCUAUAAGUUCAAGAGGGAUUGCUGUCAACUGCAAAGGAACGAUCGCUGUUAGUGACGAUGAAAAACACUGCAUCCUAAUGUUGGAUAAGGAUGGGAAUUUUGUGCGAAAAUUUGGCUCUUAUGGAGAAGGGCCUGAGCAGCUGAAUGAUCCAGCUGGAGUGGCAUUCCUGAAUGAUGACGAGCUUCUGGUGAUAGAUGACAAUUAUGGCCGAAUUCAACAAUUCAAUGUACAGACAGGGAACUUUGUGAAGAGCUUUAGAAAGAAAGGGACUGAAGACGGCAAAUUUUGGUCACCCCUAGGAAUUUUCGUAAAUAAUGAAGGACAUGUCAUUGUAGCGGAUUACGAUAACAUCAGAAUCCAGGUCUUGGACAAAGAUGGUAAAUUCAUGUUCAAAUUUGGAGACGACGACCCUGGUGAAGUCGCACUUCAUGGAUGCAUUUAUCACCAAAACAAGUUCAUUAUAUCUGACCGUGGAAACGAUUGUUUGAAAGUGUUUGACGAAUCAGGGAAGUUCUUAUACAAGAUUGGAGAAGAAGGCGAAGCUGAUGGACAAUUUUUUUCUCCAUGUGGUUUGUGUGUUCAGAAAUAUGGCCAUCAUCAGUAUCUUUUGGUGUGUGACGCAAAUAAUAAACGCAUUCAGCAGUUUACAAUGGACGGUCGUUUUAUUGGCAAAACUGUUACUAGGCUAAUAGAACCGAUAGCCAUAGCAACAACACCAGAUGGUCGUUUUUUGGUUAGUGAUUAUGAAGACAAAAAAAUUUAUAUCUUGAAAUAG